UACACUAUUAUCAAUAAAAAGCAACAAUUAGACAAAUUACUUCUUCUGAAACACAUGGAUUUAGUCAAGUAUGUUUUAUGCAAAAGUGAAGAUCGGGAGUUUAGAUCGAGUGUUUUUGGUAAAUGGCCCUGGAUUAAAGUAGACUUGGAGCAAUGCUACUGGAAAGAUGAAUCAGCUGGAUACACGGAUGUUGUAGUCACAGACUUUAUCAAAGAACUCCCUGUUACUAAUUUAGCACCUUUGGAACAAGAUAACUAUACCCUUAAAAGUUUGAUUGUCAUAGUUGAUGAAAUGUUGUCCACCGAGGUUUUGGAAAUGGUUCCUCGAAUGAAAGCACUUGAAAGGAUCAAACUUGUUGGUCUGUCAGAGUACGCAUUCGACUGUUUUAAAUUUACCCCCAAGACUCCCUUGAAGAUCAAAGGAUUAUGUUUAUGCUUCAUUGGUGUUGAUGUUGUUGACUAUUCGAGAAUCUUAAGAUUAUUUGAUAUGAGUGUAAUUACAAGUUUUGAAAGUAAAUUACACUGGCUUUAUCU